GUUUAAUUUUUAACUAAACCACUGUCAAGCCAAAACGAAAAAUCCCAGUUUCUCCGAGCGUCUCCCUCUCGUCAAGAAAAACUACGCUACAAGAUUCACAUUUGUUCUGCCAUGGCUUCUUCUUGUGAAACAGGAAUUGGAGAAGUCAAUUCUUUGCACUAUAUGAUUUUGAUCGACUAUCUGAGAGCUCGUAAUGUUGCACAAUGGUAUGAAGAAGAAUUUGGAGCGGAGAUGCUCCACCAGCAAGUGGAUGCAGUCGGUGUCCAUAAUGGUAUUCGUUUACUAGGAAUGUACUACUUGCAUGUUGGGCCAGUAGGUUGCUGCGCAAUCCUAGAGAUCAGGACUCGAUCAAUGACUCGAUCGAUGACGUGAUCCGUGAGGAACUGAAGUGCGUAACUCUUACUUGUUUUAUUUACUUUUUGAUUUGCAAUUUGAUUAUUUGUUUUAAUUUGGAUGCAUUGGUUUGUCGAGUUAUGGGUGUGCGUGCUAAGGCGGUAGCUGAACAAGUUAAGGGUUCCCCGGCUAUUAUGGUUCAAGAGACACAACACUUUUAUUAGGAAAUUAUCAACCCAUUUGGAUACAGUUGAUUUAUUGGGUCAUUGAACCAUGUACCAAAGAUGGUAUAAGGAAAUCGAAAAGGAAAAUCAAGAAAGGCUGAAAGAGGUGGAAGAAGCACAUCUUAAAGCAACACAACUUCAAGAAACUAUCGAAAGAUUAGAAUCGAGUUUGUCAAACCUUGAUUCAGAGAACCAGGUUCCUUGACAGCAGGCUUUAGUAUAAUCAAAAAACGAAGAUCUCGGAAGAUAUUUUCUUCAUUUAUUAUUACUUAUUUUCUUCAUUUAUUAUUACUUAUUUUUUCGGCUAGAGUGAUAUUACAUUCGUUUCCAGCCUCAAGGAUCAAAUAGCAAGUCUAGAAUCCGAAAAUGAAGUUCUUCGGAGCCAGGCAGCAAUAGUGGCUGUAGAGCAGAAAGUUCAUCCAGAAAAACUAGACGUUGCAGAUAACACGACUGCCCAAAUCAAGCACUUGGACAAAAGAAAUCAAAUAAACGAAGAAGUGCAUGCAAGAAAAGUAUUUAAAACAUACUUCAUUUUUUUCUUAAAAAUUUGUUAAAACUUUAACUUCCUCUCUAGGUGUAUCAAAAAGAAUCUAGGAUUCAAAAAUGGUAAACCUAUUGCAACUUGUAUCAUACACAAAUGUCUUCGUCAGUGGCAUUUUUAAAGGUAAAUGGCAUUUUUAAUCACAUUAUUGAAGCCAUAAAUGACGUUCUAAAGGUAAAUGACAUGCUUUUGAAACUCUGCUUUGUGUAAGUUUUUGACAUUUGUUCAUUAGAGUUUAUUUUAGUUUUGUGUUUCGUAAUUGAAGUUAUUUGGUUUGGUUCACUUUGUUUGAUCUUGUUUCAUUACUUUGGCUCAUUUUAUGAAGUGAUACAGGGGUGAUAUCUGAAGAGUGGUUCAAUGAGAUGAGGAACAAUGCAUUAAGUACAAAUUUUGAAUAAUUGAGCUCAUUUUGAAUUUUCUUUUGGGUUAUUUGUAUCUCCCAUGUAAGAAGUUUGAAUAAUUGAGCUCAUUUUGAAGUUGUAGUUUAUGUUUAUUUUUCAGUAUGUUGAUUCUUGUUUUGAUUUUUGAAAUUUCAGACCUACAUUUAGGAGAAUUAUCAUAAAUGGUUCAACAAAAAUGUUCUCAGGGUUACUUUACAUUUAUUCCUUAUUGAACUGCUUAAUUUGUUUGUUGGCAAAAACCAGAAUACAUGAACUAUCCGCGUAUGAUGAUAACUGUAUUUGCAGAGCCUGAUCUUGCAGGAGAAAUGGCAGCAGCAUUAGCAGCAGCGUCUAUUGUUUUCCAAGACGAAUCCGCUUAGUCCGAGAAACUCGUCAAAGGAGCUGAAACAUUGUUUUCAUUUGCAAGAGACAGUGGUAAAAGAGCGUCUUACAGUCGCGGACAACCUUACAUUGAGCCUUAUUAUAACUCAAGUGGUUACUAUGAUGAGUAUAUGUGGGGCGGUGCUUGGUUGUUUUAUGCUACUGGAAAUACUAGCUACAUUUCAUUGGCGACGAAUCCUGAUUUACCGAUGAAUGCCAAUCCAUUCCAUAUGAAACCUGAUUUGAGUGUAUUGAGCUGGGAUAAUAAGUUACCUGCUGCAAUGUUGUUGCUGACAAGGUUCAGGAUGUUUCUUAAUCCUGGUUACCCUUAUGAAGAUAUGUUGAGUAUGUACCAUAAUAUUACUAGUCUUACCAUGUGCUCUUAUCUUCAUCAAUUCAAAGUCUUUCAAUGGUCUAAAGGAGGUUUGAUACAACUGAACCAUGGACAAGGUCAAUCUCUUCAAUAUGUUGUCAAUGCGGCUUUUAUGGCAUCACUUUUUGCUGGUUAUGUGGAAGCCAUAGGUGUUCCUGGAUGGAAUUGUGGCCCUAAUUACAUUCCAAGGUCUGAUCUCAAGUCAUUUGCAACCUCUCAGAUGGAUUACAUCAUGGGUCAAAAUCCAAUGAACAUGAGCUACAUAUUUGGAUAUGGCAAGAAGUUUUCAACUCAUGUUCAUCACAGAGGUGCAUCAAUUCCAAAUAAUCACAAAAAUUACUCAUGCAAUGGUGGUUGGAAGUGGCGCGACACCCCUAACAGAAAUCCUAACAACAUCACAGGAGCAAUGGUUGGAAGUGUCAAGUAUAGAUUUUUUCGAAACUAUAAUUUGAGUUUGAAUCUGAACUUGAAUUUCAACUUCUGUCCGGAUUGAAGGUAAUCAGAAUCAGUUAAAAUGAUGGACUGGGGGUGCAGGACAGAAGCUGAAAUUGCUGCUCUCAGGCAUGAACUUACACAAGAAGUUGUUGCUUGGUAUAAACUAACCAUCCUAAUGUCACUAAAGAAAACAAUUGCUUCUCCAGGACGUGGUAUUUUGGCCAUGGAUGAAUCCAAUGCUACAUGUGGAAAGCGGUUGGAUUCAAUUGGACUAGAGAACACCGAAGCUAACCGUCAAGCAUGACGUAAAAUUAUAUAUGAAGAAAGUGUUAUGACUUAGUUAAAAUAUAAUUUUUAUGUGUAUGAUUUUAUAAUACGUGAAAUAUUAUGA